ACUUCCUAGCGUUGUCACCUCAUUUCCGGAAAGUACAGACAGGAAGAGAGGAGUUUCGCCUCUCAUAUCAACACAACAAGGAGAUGCCUGACAGCUACAUCACCUGUAAUACCUACACCUGUUUAUAAAGUCUGAAGGAAACCUGGACGUUUCUGUGUUCUACGAGAUUUGAAAAGUAAAUUCUUGUUGGAUAAGGAGCUAUAACAAAACAUUAGCCAAAUGAACGGAGCAGCAUUCCCCUCCCCCACGGCAGAGAUGGCGGAGAUGAACCGAAUCCAGUAUGAGCUUGACUACACCGAAGGGAUCAGCCAAAGGAUGCGCAUCCCUGAGAUGCUCAAAGUUGCUCCUCAAUCACAUGAGGAUCAUGAUUAUGGAUCUCAGGAGGUCCCACGCAGUGUCGUCAUGCAGGUCCCAGAGAGGAUUGUGAUUUCAGGAGACAAUAGUGACUCCCAGUUCCCCAGACCUAGAGACCUGGACCUCAUCCAGUCAACACCUCUAGAGAGCCUGUCACUCAAGACUCCACCAAGAGUCCUCACCCUCAGUGACCGGCCCCUGGAUUUCAUGGAGGAGGAGCAGCGCUUGGCUCAGGACAGUGAGGAGGGGUUGCGGCCCCAAGGAAGAUUACGACGGGAGCGCUCAGCCAGUGAGAAUACUACUCGUCAAAACAAUCAACUGAUACGCAAUGAUUCAGCUGCAACUCCAUCCCCCCCAGCCACUGGCCACCCUUGCCCCCCUCUCACUGUGACUGAAGAAGAACACAACCUGUACAGCGCUAGUGGUGUUCUAUCUUUCAUCCAGUCCACUACACGUCGAGCCUACCAGCAGGUCCUGGAGGUCUUGGAUGAGAACCCUCGCAGCAAACCAUCACUGCGAGGGGGGUCGGCUUCGAGCUCCAACCCCCUGCAUGAAUCCAGGGUUGCAUUGACAACAUAUGAAGCUUCACUGGACGGGGGGCCUGAUGACAUGACAGUGGUUGAUGCAACAACACUUCGGCGUCAGCUCAUCAAGUUAAACCGAAGACUCCACCACUUGGAAGAGGAGAACAAGGAGCGAGCAAAGCGCGAGGUGAUCCUGUAUUCCGUCACUGUAGCUUUCUGGCUCGUCAACACCUGGGUGUGGUUGCGACGUUAAAGCCUGUAUCUCUUCCAUCGCUAUGACAGAAGAACGUACUAUUCCCUUGUUUUAUGUGUCAAACGUUAGCUUUGCGGUGCACUCAGCCCCUGUGUGACGAAGACCUCAACACACAUGCACUAGUCUGUUGCGCACACAGGCUGAUUCUUUGAUUUUGUUUUUAUUUAAAACAUGUACAGUUUUAUUUUUUUACACUUAUUUCAUCCUGUCUUAUGUUUUCAUGUUUGUUUUUUUUUGCUUUUAGUAGAAAUCUUCUUGCUCUAUGCUAAGCAUGACUUGUUGUAAAUAUUUGUUCAUUAAACUCCAGAGAUUCAGAAAAGCAUAGUUUAAGAGGAAAGGAGAAUGGAAGAAUGUGGAAAUGUAAUAUGUUGAAUAUUUAUUACAGAGAGUGAUAUGUGACUUGAACUGGGACAUGUAAUAUUUAGUAAAGUUAUACAUAUUA